UCUGGCAUUCCAGUGAAAGUUCAUGCCAGAACCCUCCCAAAUGACUGUACCAAGACUCAUCAAGUGUGGGUUGCUAAAAAAUCCUUCAACUAUUUUGCCUUUGUUCUGUCUCUCAGGACUUCCUUGAAAGGUAAAUGGUAUCUGGACAGCGGCUGCUCUAUACACAUGACUG